AUGAUACCAAGUUCAAUUUUAAAUCAAAACAAUAGAACUAAUGAAUUAAUUAAACUUUAUAAAGAAAAUUAUUAUAAUUCAAAAGGUAUCGAAUUAAGAACAAGCAACAAUAGCGAUAAAGAUCUAGGGGUAUUUUCAACAAGAAAAUUUAAAAAAGGUGAAGAAAUAUUAUCAAAUAUCGAACCAUAUGUCCACUCUGUUCCACAACAUAAUAUUGUGUGCGACUAUUGUUUAAAGAAUAAAAAUAAUGAAAAUUUAAAUACAACAAUUUCAUUAAAGAGAUGCACAGGUUGCAAGUUAAUCUACUAUUGUUCAAUUGACUGUCAGAAGAAAGCAUGGCCUAUUCACAAGCACGAAUGUAAAAUACUUUUAGCUGCUGCACAAGAAUCUUUACAAAUAAACAAACCAAUUAACACAAAAUCAACAGUUAUGCUUUUAAGAAUUUUUAUCAAAAGAAUGUUAGAAAUCCAAAAUAGCAACCAUAUAGAUAAAACUGGGCAAUUUGAAAUUAUUGAUUAUUUAUUAAACCAUAAAGAGGAAAGAGUCAAUGACAAUUAUAAAUCAUUUUCAAUGGGUAUUUGCCAACAAUUAAAUGAAGAUCCAUCAAAAGCACCAAUAGUUUUAGAAUAUUUAUUAAAAUUAGAACCAAACUGUAUAACCAUACCAAAAUGUGAAGCUUCAACCAUUGGUUUAUAUCCAUUAAUGGUCUUUUUUAAUCACUCUUGUAAACCAAAUUUAUCUAUUUUAAAUAACAAAAAAGAAUUAAAAAUCAUAUGCAAUAGAGAUAUAAACGAAAAUGAAGAAUUAUUUAUAAAUUAUAGUCCAUCGAUAUGCUACAGCAACGAAAGAAGAGAAAUGUUAAAACAAUGUUUUUUUUUCGACUGCAAAUGUGAAUUGUGUUUGAAAGAUGAAUUAGAAAAAUCAAUGGACUUAUAUAUUCUAUGCAAUAAGUGUAAUAAAGGAAGAGUUAAUAUUUGGUAUGAUGAAAAUAAAAAUAGAAUUGUAAAAUGUUUAAAUUGUUCAAGUGAUCACAACGCUGAUGAAAUAUUAAAAAAGAAUUUAAUUACAACAAAAUUACAAAAAUGCUUAGAUCAAUUUAUAAAUCAAAACUCUGAAUUAAAUAUAGACGAAUUCAAGUUAUUACUAAAUCAAUAUUGCAAACAAUUCUACUAUACAGAUCCAUUAUUUUAUGAAAUUGUGAACAAAACCGAUUUAUUUUUCCAAGAUUUUAAUAAAGAAAUAGAAACAAAUCAAAUGAAACAUUACCAUCAAAGAUACCAGGCACUAUUAAAACACCACUUUUUGGAUACUCAAAAUUUACAAUACGAAUACUGCCGUCAGUUAGUGGACUAUUCAAAUAUAUUAAUUCAAAUUGGUUAUUUCAAAGAAGCUUUAGGAAUUUUAAAAUUAUUAAAUAAAACACUCAGUAAAAUAAAUUACUAUGGUUUUAAUCAAGAAUAUUUAAUUUCAAUGGAAAAUGAACUCAGCUUUAAUAUUGAUGCAAAUUAUUAUCAACAUCAAUAA